UAUAAAUUGUGAGCGCCUGUCCUCCCCCCUCCUGUCGGAGACUUUCAGACGCCGCACACAGAAUGGGGAUUUGUGUGUAGGCGCUCGCUGUGCUGGAGAGACUGGGCGACUGAGCGCAACAGAAGAGGAGAAGAAGAAACAACUGGCUACCUGCUUACCGAUUUGGACAUAACGUCACAUCACAGCAGCAGCAGGCAGCAUGACAAGAAAGGUUGUGACAAACACCAGAGAACGGUGGAGGCAACAGAACGUGAACAGCGCCUUUGCGGAGCUCCGGAAACUCAUUCCUACUCACCCACCGGAGAAGAAGCUGAGCAAAAAUGAAAUUUUGCGUAUGGCAAUGAAGUACAUCACUUUUCUGGUGCAGCUGUUGGACAGUCAAAGUGGCCAAUCAUCAUCUCAGUCACCUGGCUCGCUGCUCCACCUCCUGAAGGGCAACGUGGAACAUCUUAGCAUCCCGAAGCAGUGGGGAAUCAUCAGCGACACGGAAGCACUGUCUCCAGACUCGAGCUGUGACAGCUUGGAAUCCUGGUGAUGGACACGGGGCACUCCCAAGAUGCUUGGUGCUUCUGAGAUGUCAAGUUUCUUAAUCACUCUGGUUAUGGAGAUCCUCUUGGAGGGACUGGUUGAGUUUUUUCUUGGUAGCCACACACUGUGUAAAAAAAAAAAAUUGAAGCUGAAGGUUCACGGAAAACAAAACUACAAUGACAUGCUGACUGUUUAUUAUUUAUAAAUAUAUUUAACUGAAACUUCGUCAACCUGAUAUGAUGUUAGUUGUAAUCACAUGGGCAAUUACAGAUCUGACAUCGUAAACAGCUUCUCAGCCCACUCGUUCUGUUUUGCCAUCUUCUAAACGGAGGUUUUAAGUGUCUAGAAAAGGAAAAUUUGACAUCUUUGCUCCAAAAAGUAACAUUUACGUGCCGACUGGGGACUAGAAAUCGCCCUACCAGAUAAAGAGAGUUUAACGACACACCUGCCAUGGAAGAAUUAGCUUGAAGAAGAAGAGGUCAUCUGUUGUACAAAUCACAAAAAAUGUCUCCAUUUUAGCAUUUGGGCUUGGAGAUUCACUCUGUGUACUGCACGUAGGUGUCGAGAUGUCUUUCACGGUGCUUUGCCACGUCUCAUCUUUUCCUUAAUUAAAUCCCACCUCCCUCGGAAAUUGCAGACGUGACUUGAAAACCUCUUCCCGCUUUAUUCUCAUUUGCUGCUAGCUGAGAAGUAAAAAAACUGGAAAUGUUCCAUCAUGUGGGAGCCGCUUUAAAACCAUCUUUGGGCUCCUUCAGUUGUCUCAUUUUUAGGUUGGUAGCGGAUAAUUAGAAAAAAACGAGAAUGACGACGAUAAAAAAAAAACAAAAACGUUGUUAGCCAAAGAAUUGUGUCUGCCCGAGUCUUGUCAAACGUGUUGUGUGACUUGAAAUGUAUUCUCUGAAUUAUUUUUUUUCUCUAUUAUUUAUCUAUUUAUUGUAAUUUAUUUAUUCAACUGAUUAAAUAAAGUGCUCAUCAUGUAAGACAGUACAAACAGUUUACUGAAU